AUGAAGGGCUUCCCCCAUUGGCCGGCGAGGGUUUGUAAAUCCGAGUGCGGCUACAGGAAGAGAGUCCCGGUUUACUACUUUGGGACGCACCAAGUGGGGAGUGUCCCGGUAGAGAACGUCGUCCCGUUUGUCGGCAACAAAACCAAAUACGGCAGCGGCGUCAGGAUCAAAGGCUUCACCGAAGGAAUGUGGGAGAUCCAGAACACACCAGGGAUCGGCAGCAGACACCAGGUGAGACAUCGGGGAGACACCAGACACCAUGUGAGACACGGGGUCAGACACCAGGUGAGACACGGGGUCAGACACCAUGUGAGACACGGGGCCAGACACCAUGUGAGACACGGGGCCAGACACCAUGUGAGACACGGGGCCAGACACCAUGUGAGACACGGGGCCAGACACCAUGUGAGACACGGGGCCAGACACCAUGUGAGACACGGGGUCAGACACCAUGUGAGACACGGGGUCAGACACCAUGUGAGACACGGGGUCAGACACCAUGUGAGACACGGGGUCAGACACCAGGUGAGACACGGGGUCAGACACCAGGUGAGACACGGGGUCAGACACCAGGUGAGACACGGGGUCAGACACCAGAUGAGACACGGGGUCAGACACCAGAUGAGACACGGGGUCAGACACCAGAUGAGACACGGGGUCAGACACCAGAUGAGACACUGGGUCAGACACCAUGUGAGACACGGGGUCAGACACCAUGUGAGACACGGGAUCAGACACCAUGUGAGACACGGGGGCAGAUACUGGGUCAGACACCAUGUGAGACACCGGGUCAGCGACGGGGUCAGCGACCAGGUGAGACACCAGGUGAGAGACCGGGUGCCAAAACCUAAAGCACAUCAGACUCCGUCCAAAUCUCCGGCUUCAAAAUCAACUCCCAAAACCCCAAGCUCCAAACCGACCCCUGAUGCUAAAACUGCUAACGCUAAGACUGCUAACGACAACAAGCUAACUCCAAAGUCACGGGCACAAACUCCACGAGCCGCUGGGCGAAGAAGAAGACGACGAGGAGUGCAGAAGGAGAAGGACGAGGAAGAGGAGGAGAAAGAGAACGAGGAAGAGGAAGAGGGAGGAGAAGAAGAAGAAGAAGAAGAAGAAGAGGAGGCCAAAACUGCAGCAGCUGAACCACAGAGGAAGAGGAGACAGGAAGAGGCUGAGCCCAGAAGAGGGAAACGCAGCAGACAGGCGCAAGAUGGCCGACAAGAGACCGGCAAGAAGAAGACUAGGGGGAGACCGGGAGCUAAACGAAAGCGUGAAGAAGAAGAGGGUUCAGAGGAGGAGGAGGAGAAACCGGAGGAAGAGGAGGACACAGUGGAUGAAGAGAAACAGAAGCGUCUGGCCUCAAAGCGAGAGACCCUCCUGAAGUCUCUGAGAGGCUUGAUUUCUGACGGAGACGGAGACAAGAGGCGAGAGAGCACACGGAGAAGUACCACUGCUGCUCAGAGUAAAAAGCAGAUCAAAUCCGACCCAAAGAAAGAAACAAAAAACAAAAGUGAUUCUAAAGACACAAAGGCUCAAACAGACAAGACGAAAAGUGGUGGAGCGGACGGAAAGACUUCUAAAAGUGAUGUUGAAGAAGGAGACAAAGAAUCAAACGAGGAAGCAAUUCACAAAACGAAAAAGGAAUUGUCCAACCAGAGAAGUAAAGAAACUGAGGAUUCUGUUGAGGAAGCAGAAAAGGAGACGAAAGUGGUUGAAAUGAGGGAAAAGGAAGGACAGAAAGACACUAACAAGGAGAAGGACACGCCUACAAAGGAAGCUGCCAGAGGGAGGAGGACAAGAGGAACACCUAAAGGAGCUACCGACGAGGAGGCGAAGGAUGGAUCUAAAGAGACGACCACAGCAACCACCAAGGAGGCCUCCAAAGAAACCACCCGAGCGACCAGGACCAGGGCAGCAACUCAGGACUCUACCAACGAUGAGGCUAAGUCUGUGCCUAAAGAGGCCUCCAAGGAACCCGCCCAGGAAGCAACCCGAGAGCGGAGGUCGAGAGGCACGGCUAAAGAGGUUCCCAUGGACUUUACGAAAGACGAGACCAAGAGAGAGUCUAAAGAUACAGCUAAAGAACCUAUUCAGGAAGCAACCCGAGAGAAAAGGUCUAGAGGCACCGUUAAAGAGGUUCCCAUGGACUCUACCAAGGAUGAGACUAAGGAAACAAGUAAAGAGGCCACCAAGGAACCGGCCCAGGAAGCAACCAGAGAGAGGAGGUCUAGAGUCACGGCUAAAGAGGCUUCCAUGGACUCUAUGAAAGAUGAGACUAAAGAGAUCACUAAAGAUGCCAACAAGGAACCUAUUCAGGAAGCAACCAGAGAGAGGAGGUCCAGAGGUACAGCUAAAGAGGUUCCCAUGGACUCUACGAAAGAUGAGACUAAGAGAGAGUCUAAAGAUACAGCUAAAGAACCAGCACCGGAAGCAACGAGAGAGAGGAGGUCUAGAGGUACAGCUAAAGAGGUUCCCAUGGACUCUACGAAAGACGAGACCAAGAGAGAGUCUAAAGAACCGGCCCAGGAAGCACCCAGAGAGAGAAGGUCUAGGGGUGCCUCCAAAGACGCUACCACAGACUCCACCAAGGCAGACACUAAGAAAGAGUCUCAAGAUGCAGCAAAAGAACCAGCCCAGGAAGCAACCAGAGAGAGGAGAACCAGGGGUUUAUCUAACGAUGCUACCGUGGACUGCACCAAGGAUGAGAGUAAGGACUUGUCGAAAGAAGCUGCCAAGAAUAAGAGAAAUAAGGACUCUACGCAAGAAACGACAGCAAAGGUUCCCAAGGAGCCCAUAAAAGAAGCAGCUAGAGGGACUAGGGAAGCUACCAAGCAGGAAACCAGUGAUAUUAGAACACGGGGUGCAACAAAAGAUUCUACAAAAGGCUCUACCAAGGAUGAGACGAAGGGGACUGCCAAGGAAGCCACCAGAGACACCAAGACAAGGGGCACUAGUAAAGAAGCUACCAAGGACUCUAGCAAGGAGGAGACAAAAGAUGUCACCAAGGACAAGAAGACAAAGGACUCCUCUCAUGGUACAACCCAGGAAGAUGCCAAGGAAGCAACUAGAGAGAAGAGGACCAAGGACAGAACUAUAGACACAGCUAAGGAGGGAACUAAGGGUGCUUCUGAGGAGGUUACGAAGGAAGCGGCCAAGAAUAAGAAAGUUCAGGAUUUGACUCAAGAAACCACAACGAAGGCUGCCAAGGAAACUGCUAAGGAGACCGUGAAGGAGACCGGGAAGGAGACUGGGAAGGUGACCGUGAGGGAGACCGUGAGGGAGACCGGGAAGGAGACCGGGAAGGAGACCGGGAAGGAGACCGGGAAGGAGACCGGGAAGGAGACCGGGAAGGAGACCGGGAAGGAGACCGGGAAGGAGACCGGGAAGGAGACCGGGAAGGAGACCGGGAAGGAGACCGGGAAGGAGACCGGGAAGGAGACCGGGAAGGAGACCGGGAAGGAGACCGGGAAGGAGACCGGGAAGGAGACCGGGAAGGCUGCGACCAAAGAAGUGUCAAAGGAUGCUAACAAGGAGAAGACAAGCAAGGACAUAGCUAAAGAUGCUGUGAAGGAGGCUUCCAAGGACUCUACCAAGGAGAAGAGGUCUAAGGAUGCAUCCAUGGAAGCUACCAAGAUCAAGGAAGUUGGAAAUAAGACAAAGGACACGACCACAGACGCUGCAAGGGAGGUUAGUUCUGCAAAGGAGGCCACGAGGGACGCUACCAAAGGCCAAACGAAAGACUCCUCUGAGGCAGCGACCAAGGACGUGGCGAAGGACACUUCUGAAGAGGGUAAAAAGGAGGAGAAGAAGAUUAUAGGCAAGAUUGUGAAAGCCUCAGGAGCUAAAGUUCACGUUAAAACUAUGGGUGGGGUUAGCGAAGUUAAAAUCAAAAAGGAUUUAAAAGAAAAGGGUAAAGACAGUAGGGAUGCAUCCAGAAGCAAAGACGCUAGCAACAAGGAGACUAGGGAAAGCAAGGAGCGCAAAGACUCAGUAAAAGAUGAAAAGACUACAAAAAUGGCGGAUAAAGCGAGGAAGGAUGAGCGCGAGACUAGGCAAGGGCAAAAAACCAGAGUGGACCAUGAGAAACGGGGUCGAUCAAAGGAAGAGAAGACCAGAGAGAGAAGGAGCAGUGAUAAAAAGGACAAGAGUGGAGAAAGGUCGGCACAAAAGGAAGCAGAGAGGAGAGGAAACAAGGAGGUAGUGGUCAAGAAGAGGGAUCUGGACGCGCCCAAGAAGAGCGAGACCAGCAGGAGAGUCGGUCGCAGGGAUAAAGUGGAAGAAGAAGCGGUAAUAAAAAGCAAACGGAAAAAGAACGAGGAUUUUGCAGCGAUAGAAACUAUGGAGUCUCUGCAGGAGAAGAUGAUGCGGGCGCUGAGGGAGGAGGAGACGAAGGGGGAGGGAGGGAGGCCUGAGGGGGAGGAGGGGAAGGGAGCAGUGAGGAGUCCAGGAGAAGGAGGCGCAGAGGGGAAGACGCUCACAGACUCCACGCUGCACCGACUCCACGGCGACAUCCGCAUCUCGCUCAAGGCCGACAAUCCGGAUGUGGGUAAAUGUCUUCUGGCCCUGGAUCAGCUGAACAUGGUGUAUGUGACAUCACAACAUGUGCAGCGCCACAGCGAGCUCAUCACCACGCUCCGACAGUUGCGUCGUUACCGUGCCAACAAGGCCAUCAUGCACAAGGCGUCCAUGUUGUACAGCCGCUUCAAGAACGCCUUCCUAUUGGGCGAGGGACAGGAAGUGGUGAGCGAGGGCUUCUUACGGUCUCUGCUGGAGGAGAAGGAACGGGAGGAGAGCCAGAGGUGCAGAGACAAACUCAAGACCGAAGACCUGCUGCAGGAAGUGAAGAGGCGCAUGGAGCAAGUGCACGACCGCAAGGAGACCGAGGAGAGUAAGGAGACCAAUGAGCGUAUGGAGACCGAGGAGAGGAAGGAGACCAAUGAGCGUAUGGAGACCAAGCAACCAGACCAGACGGAGAAGGACCAGAAGGAGCAGAUGGAGCACACUGCGGCAGUGGAGCCUCACUAG